AUGGCCCUUUUUCUUGUCAUCACGCUGGGGUUUGCAGCGUUAGUGCAUGCUGCAGCUUUGGCCGCCAAUUACCCCGUCAAUGCACAACUACCACCCGUCGCUCGAGUCUCUCAACCUUUUAGAUUCGUGUUUGCCGACAGCACCUUUGUCAACACCGAUUCGAAUACGAAGUAUUCGCUCAAAAAUGCACCGUCAUGGCUCGAACUCGACAGUGCCAGCCGUACCCUCUCAGGAACGCCGGAUUCGCAGGACAGCGGCCCGAAGACGUUCAAACUUGUCGCGUCAAGUGAAUCAGACUCUGCUAGGAUGGAUGUAACUUUGGUAGUCACAUCAGACCAAGGUCCGACAGUAGGUACUUCUCUUGUAUCACAACUGCAGACAAUAGGGCCUGUUUCAUAUCCCGCGACGCUAUACGUUCAUCCUGGUGAGCCGGUCUCCAUUGAGUUCGACCCGAGCACCUUCCACAACACCCACCCGUCGACUAUCUACUACGGAACAUCGCCCAACAACGCUCCCCUGCCUUCGUGGAUCGGGUUUGACCCGAAUACGCUCAAGUUCGCUGGAAACACGCCAGCCUUCCCCGGAUCUGGUUCCCAGGAGUUUACUUUUCAACUGGUUGCCUCUGACGUGGCAGGCUUCAGCGCCGUGAACCAGACCUUUCAGCUCGCCAUCGGACCGCACAUCCUAGCAUUCAACGAGACCGUCCAAACUUUCAACCUCACAAGAGGCGAAACCUUUAAUAGCCCUGGCUUUGAGAGCUUUAUUACCUUGGACAGCUCGCCGAUCUCGAGCAAGGACUUGAUCUCGAUUGACGCGGAGCUUCCAGAUUGGCUGAGUCUCGACAAGAAUUCAAUCUCCCUGAUUGGCACUCCGCCAAAGACUGCUGUUAAUCAGAACAUCACGAUCACCGUCACGGACACCUAUCAGGAUCAGGCGAAGCUUAUGGUUCGCUUGGGAUUUCUGGAGCUUUUCCUGGAAACCGUUCAAGGCUGCGAAGCAACCAUCGGCGAGGACUUUUCUUUCGUCUUCAAUCAAUCCAUCCUGACCGAUGAUUCGGUGCAACUUGACGUCGAUCUAGGCGAUGAUUUUCCAUGGCUUAGCUAUAAUUCUGCAAACAAGACGCUCCAUGGGCACGUUCCUUCGGACAUUCAACCAGAGACAUUUACCAUUCAUUUGAAAGCAUCCCAAGGAUCAAUUGAGAAUCGACAGGACUUUGAAAUUGAUGUUCUCGAGCCGUCAAAGCCUCACUCAGGUGGCUCUGAUUCAUCGGACUCUACUAGCCCUUCACACCAAAAGGCUGGAAUCAUCGCAAUUUCCGUGAUCAUCCCGGUGGCUGUUAUUCUUAGCAGUAUCAUCCUCUUCUGCUGCUGGCGUCGUAGGAGCAAGUCAGCGACGGCGGAGGACGGACAAGAGCCAUCAGAAACCAAGGUUCCUCCGCCACGCCCGGCACGGCCAGAGCUCCCCAAUUGCCAACCGGGUGCUACUAGAAGACCAUCACAGGAUGAUAACUCCGAUGACUGGAUGAGUCCACUUUCGCCUGCAUCUGACCUCCCCAAGCUCGAACUCGGUCCUGCCUGGAACGUGGCAUCGUUUGACAAACCGGAAGACAGCAUGAUGGCGAUCCCAGGGCCUAGCCCGCCACCUCGUUCACCUAGGCGCAGAGCAUUCGUGCCCUUGCGAGACUCUAUCAUCGAAGAAAACAAGCCGCUGGAAAUGUCGCCCACCAGAAAGCAGAACCAGCGCCUGUCAAUCUCUGCCAGCCCCGGUGUACGACGUCCGACUAGCAACCGUUCCCGUCGAGAGCCGCUGAAACCUAUUCAACCACGAGCCAUGAAGCGUGAAUCGAUCCAGUCAUCCCGCUCAAAAAGAUACUCGAAGCGUUCGAGUGGAAUCUCAACUGUCGCCUCUGGUCUGCCCGUGAGAAUGAGUGGUGCCGGACAUGGUGCUGGUGGCUUUGGACCUCCAGGACACGGUAUUGUGCGUAUGUCGUGGCAAAACACGAAAGCUUCAUUUAUGAGCGAUGACAGUAGCCUGGGAAAUAUGACCCCCUUGUUCCCUCGACCUCCUCCCGCCGCUGCCCGUGCCAGACACAGCAUCGCCGAGAGUAUUCCCGAGAACGCCAAGCGCGUCACACUAAGGGCCGUGGAGCCAGAUGAAUCGACCAUCUCCGAGGCUGAUUCCCUCGAGGCAUUUGUCCACAGCCGGGCCAAGCACCGCAACUCGUCCAACCCACUCUUCUCUGCUCAGAUCAGCCGCUGCGCAUCUUCCGGACUCCGAGCUCUCGAACGCGCUCGCAGUCUGCGUAGCCGUGCUGAUACAGUCUCCGUCUCUACCUUCAGCGACGAAUACCGCCAAUCCAUCCAAGGCCGUCCUUAUUCCACGGCCAUGUCUAUGUCCGAGUACGGCGAGGAAAGCCGGAUAUCCCAAUACCAGCCUCUCCAGCCACCACCGGGCCUGUUCCCUCUCGUCGAGGGUGGCGGCAAAAGCCAGAGCCAACUGAGUCUGGCACAGGACUACCGCGGUGUCAUCUCUCCACUUCCACGCUUUUGGAGUGAGAAUAGUCUCAGCAGUGCCCGCCGCCUUGGAUCAGGGUCUCACCCUAAACCACCGCAACAACUACGGGCUGACGCCGGGUCGGGCAUUCCCCAGAGUUCGUCGAUCGUGUCCGACCUCGAAGAGCAUCUGUCUCGCAAAGCCAGUCCGCACAAAGUUGCCGCUGUUAGGAAGAAUCAAUCGUGGAAUAUGGGCCUUGAGCCCCCGCCUCCUAUCAAGAGUGGCAGUUCUCGAGGACUUCCGGUUGCGAGUAGUGGUGAGCUAGCAUUUGUCUAA